AUGGUUCGCCUCUUCACUGCCAUCAUCAUCGGAUCUCAGCUUCUCGGCCAUGUCAUCGGCCACGCUCUGCCUCAAUUUCAAGCCCGAUCGACAAACGGGACGAUCCAAUACCCUUAUCCGGAACUCGGGACUGAUGAUCCCGCGGACUACGCUACGACUGGCUAUUUCAUCAACCACCUUUGCAUCAACGUCAAAAACCUCACCGCCAGCGUCGACUUCUACUCAAACGUCUUCGGUCUUCGCAAGAUCUUCACCUUGCACGUUACCGAGCAUUACUCUAUCACGUACAUGGGACAUAGCCACGGCGGAAAGAACGGAACCGGUUAUCAGACUACUCUGGAGCUAAACCGCGAGAAGAACAACGCCGAAGGCUUGAUUGAGUUGAUCUAUGUCGACGUCCCUGUCAACAACAUCGAGGCCGGUAUCGAGCGACCCAACACAUUUGCGCAUAUCGGUAUGGUCGUUCCAGACAUUAAGGCUAUGCAAAGCCGAUUGGAUGACCUCCCCGAUGUGAAUGUCAUGAAAAAAUACGGAGAAUCGCUCCCUAUGGGGGGCAAGGUGUCUGGUGCCACUGGUCUGCCUGCUGAAGUUCUUGACCAGCUGAGCUCCGCCGAGAAGAAGCAGAUCGAGGCAGCUUUGGCUCCGAACACUGAGCCUCUGAUUUUUGUGGCUGAUCCCGAUGGCAAUCUCAUUGAAAUCCAGCCCCAAGAAGGUGCUUCUCUGGCUUGA